AUGACGGAGGAUACUACUAGAUCCGACGGCUUGGGAAGAGGAACCAGAUGGCGCCUCGUGUAUGAGGUCGAGGCCGUAAGAGAGGUCGUAGUAGUACUCAGGGAUUGGAGACCAACCCGAAUAACCAGUGGAGUUCAGGGCCCGAUAACACUAGAAACCUUCUUAAAGGUUAAUCCACCUAAGUUUAAGGGAGCCACCAAUCCGAUUGAAGCCGAUACCUGGUUUCAGGCUAUGGAGCAUGCACUGCAAGCGCAAUUGGUACCUGAAGAGCAAUGUGUUGAAUUCACUACCUAUUUGCUCACUGGGGAAGCAUCGCAUUGGUGGCAGAGAGCCCGAGGUUUCCUACAGCAGGAGGAUGACCCUAUCACCUGGGAUGCUUUCCAGGUGAAAUUUUAUAAAAAGUACUUUCCAAAUUCUGCCAGGACGGCUAAGGAACUUGAGUUACUGCAACUGAAGCAGGGUGCUAUGUCCGUGUCUAAGUAUACAGAAAAAUUUGAGGAGCUAUUCAGAUUUUCCCGCAUGUGUCACGGAGCUUCGAGAGACUUCGAGGAAUGGAAGUUCAUUAAGUAUGAAGGAGGGCUCCAGAGUGAUAUCUUAAGUUCAGUGGGACCAGUGGAGAUCAGAACUUUCUCAGAGUUGAUGAAUAAGAUCAGGGUUGUUAAAGAGUGUAUGAAAAAGGCGGCUGCAGAGAAAGGAUGUCAUAGGGGACCUUUUCAACAGAACCGAGGGAGGGACUUUACUCCAAGGGGUCAAGAUUUUAAGAGAGCAGGUUAUAAUCCACAGCCCCUGACGAACGGGUUUUUCUGUCGGUAA